AUGGGCGACUUAGCAGACUUCCUCACGGAACACGACCAGAACUUCCGCAAAGCACGUCUCCCCGCCCUCUACUCCGACUUCCGCCCCCAGCGAACCCUGAACCCCGAUGGCUUCCAAGCAAAUAUGAGCGCCUGGCGGCAGGCCCUCGCCCGCGCGGCCUGGGAAGGGAGGAUACCCUCGCAGCUCUCCGCGCCGAACCUGCUCGUAGUAGACGUCGACGAUAACCUCCUCCGCGCCCUCGAGAGCAAACAGUUCGGCCGGCCCCUCGCCCUGGGUACGGUCGUCCGCGAAGCCGUCGCUGACAAGGACCUCUACCCUAUCAAAGAGUUCCUCGGCGCAAAGGACAGCAUAUACGCCAAGACGUGGUCGCAGGUGCCGUGGAGUGUCGUGUCAUGGGCGGCGGGGCAGCUCGGAUUCGGCGGCGGGUCGACGUCGGGCGAGGACAAGCUGCCUAAGGGGCAGUUCGUCGUGCUCAAGAACGUCGAGACCACGGCCAAGAAGCUCGCGGAGAAGGUCAGCCCCGCGGACACGAGGUUCGACCGCACGUACACAAAGACGCAUUUCCAGAAGACGUUUGCGGAUGCGCUGGUCGAGCAGAGAAGGCUAUCCGAGAAGGACGUCGACAUCCUCCUCGUCUUCCUGUCGCGCGACAAGGGGCUGGUGGUGUACGAUGGCAAGGUGGUCAAGAUCAAGGGGUCAGGGGCGGACGAGGACGAGGCUUCGAUAACGGAGGAGGACGCCGCCGUGUCAUCCUUGAAGGAGCUCAUUGAGGACCUGCAGAAGCAGACGACGCUGCUCUCCACGCGCAUCGACGAGCUCACCGUCACUGCGAAAGAGGCCGUCGCGAAAAAGAACAAGGUGGCGGCGAUGGCGGCGCUCAAGUCGAAGAAGGUGGCCGAGAACUCGCUGCAGACGCGCUUCGCAACGCUGGGGCAGCUCGAGGACGUGGCGGCGAGGAUCCAGACGGCGCGCGACCAGGUGCAGCUCGUCAAGGUGAUGGAGGCGAGCGCGGGGGCACUCAAGGGACUCAACGAGAAGGUCGGCGGGGCGGACCGAGUCGGAGACGUGGUCGCCUCGUUGCGGGAGCAGAUGGGCGAGGUGGACGAGGUGGGCGAUAUCAUUGCGGAUGCGAACGCGGCGCCGGCGGACGAGGUGGAGGUCGACGACGAGUUGGCGGAGAUGGAGCGCGAGGAGAGGGAGAAGGAGGAGGCGAAGGAGAGGGCAAAGAAAGAAGCCGAGGAGGCCAAGGUGAAGGCGAGGAGAGAGGCGGAGGAGGCCAAGGAGGCGGAGGAAAUGGAGAAGAGACUCGAGGCAGAGAUGCAAGGGCUGAAGGCGCCGGCGACGGAACCUUCGGAGGAGAAGACGCCUUCGAGGGAGACGGCAGAGGGCCUGGAGAAGUUGGAGUUGGAGGAACGGCCGCAGCCACAGGCGGCAUAG